GUCUCUCAACACCCAGUCCUAGCUCAAUCGCCGAAUAUCCUACCCCAGCAUUCUAUCCGACCUUUCGUUACUUUUGCGUCGCCCUCUCGUCGCGCACACUACUCGCUUCACAGAGUAAACAGGCGUCAUGCCUGGGCCAACCGUGGCAGAGCCGCCCUCCGUCACUCUUUCCUUCGCCAACAACUUCUGGGGCAAAGAUGACGCCGGCGUCUCUCCCAUGCUCGAGCGCAUGCACAGUGCGAAAGUCACAUCCGACGAGUUGAAGUCGUUCUACGCUGCACGAUCCGCCAUCGAAGACGAAUAUGCUCGCAAACUCCUGAACCUCUCGCGCAAGCCCCUCGGGUCCUCCGAAUCCGGUACCCUACGAAUGUCGUUCGACGUUAUUCGCGGAGAAGUGGAGGCCAUGGGGAAGGCACACCAGAGCAUCGCACAGCAGAUGAAGACGGAGCUGGAAGAGCCGCUGGCAGCCUUUGCGGGAGGUAUGAAGGAGCGACGAAAGAUUGUUCAAGGAGGCAUCGAGAAGCUGCUGAAGCUGAAGAUGCAGCAGACGGCCGCAGUAAACAAGGCUCGCGAUCGCUACGAACAGGACUCUCUGAAGAUCAAGGGCUUCCUCGCGCAGGCGCACAUGGUCAUGGGCCAGGAGGAGCGGAAGAACAAGGCGAAGCUAGAGAAGACGCAGAUUCAGCUGGCUGACCAGGAACGAGAAUACGCAGCCUCAAUAAAGGUCCUAGAAGAGACGACCGGAAGGUGGAACAGGGACUGGAAAUUAGCAUGCGAUAAAUUCCAAGAUCUGGAAGAAGAGCGAAUCGACUACACCAAGAGCAGCCUAUGGAACUUCGCGAACAUUGCCUCGACAGUGUGCGUGAGCGACGAUGCCUCUUGCGAGAAGAUCAGACUGUCACUCGAAGACUGCGAGGUGGAGAAGGAUAUCACCUGCUUCAUCAAGGAUAACGGCACUGGUCAGGAGAUACCAGAUCCACCAAAAUUCAUCAACUACUGUCGGGGAGAUGCUGAGACCUCUUCGCAAGCAUCAGAAGAUGAGAAUUACUCAGUCGCCCAGUUCCAGAGGACCAUGAACCCCGCAUACCGUGCCUCUUCACCACAGCCCUCGGUCUUUGAGUCGCAUCACGACCCGAACAACCCGCUGGCUCGCGAGAUGGGACUUGGGAAAGACACAAGGCCGGUUCCUCAAGAUAAGAUUGAUGUUGCCCCACAGCAGAUGGCGCAUCCUGCACCGGCAGUGCAGCCCACUCAGCCGCCGAGAGGAAUCCAGCCUGACCCACGCCUAGUCCAAGCUCAACACCAAGCCAGCCAGCAGUAUCAACAGAGCCAAGUCCCACAUAAUGACUAUCCGAUGGAUGGUAUGACACAAUUCUGUCGGAUCGGACCGCCUUCGGAGCGAAGCACAAUCCCAAGUCCCGUCCGUCCCUCUAGCAGAGACUCGCAGAGCGAUUGUUCGAAUCCCACAUCAUUCUCAAGCAUUGAGCCUCCAAGCGGAUCUGCGUCCCCAGGAAAGCCCAUGGCGCAGUCGCCUCAGCCUGUUGAAGAGAGCCCAGUCCAGAAGAAGAGAGGGUUCUUUCAGCAUAGUCCAUUCCGAAGGAAGAGCAAGCAUGAAACAGAGCCUCCAUCUAUCGCACCGAACAACCGCAAUACCUGGGGACCCGCAUCGAGAUCUGCAAAUAACGAGAAUGUUAACCCAACUCGACCAUUUGGAAGAGGCGCUCGCGGCACAAUUCUGAAAGACAACCAGUCUGCCAGUCCUGAGCCUGUGGAUCCGAGAGCCAACUUCCAGCUCAACAUCGGUAACAAUGUUUUCGAUGUAGCGUCACCGGACGGCAACAAGAAUUCCAAGCCGAAAGAGCCUCUGGAAGAUCUGGACCCCAUUGCCCAGGCCCUCGCCGAGCUGAAGGGUGUGACUAAACAAUCCUCGUUGCGCGUAUCUGCGGACCGCUACCACGGCCUAGCCACGCCUAUUCCUCCAGGUACGCCAGCUGUAGGAGCUAACCUUCCCGGAGGUGCACCUACCCCCCUCGCGAACAUCAAUGUGAAUGCUGCAAAACGAGGUACGCCUCCGCCAUCAUACGAACAGCCACCAAUGUCUCGUCUUGGUGCUCCACAGCCGGCACAUACAGCCCGUCAAAUGCAAAAGACAAAGCAGAUGUACAUCGACCAGAAAGCCAACAUGUUCAACACUGGGUCUACAUCUCGACCACCAACCCGUGGUGCCUCUGCCCAGGAUGUUCCUCGCGCUGCCUCUCCCGCUCCUCCCCGGGCUACAAGUCCAAGACCUGGCCUUUACUCGACCCAGCAACAGCCGCAGUCUCCGGCAGCAUACCGCUCCGCAUCGCCAAAUCCUUAUGCCGUAUCCAACGCUGGAAGUCGACCUCGAGCACAGACCGCGGGCCAAGCCCAGAACCCCUACGGAACGCCUACGGGACGAGGCUCUUACUCCUCAGCACGUGGCGGCUCGCCAGGUCACGCCAAUAUCCCUCGCGCCGUAUCCCCGCAACCCGCGUAUGCCCAAUCUCGACCAGCUUCACGCGCAGCGCCUGGCUCGCGGGCUGUUAGUCCACAGCCACAAUUCCGCCAGUCGUACGAUCGACCUCCAAGCUCAAGAGGAAGCGAUAUGGCGCUGCAACUUGCAACGGGUCCGGGCAGCGAACGCGGAGACGGAAGCGUCUACGGCGGAAGCCAGCGUGGCAGAGGCGGUGGUGGGAGCCAGCGCCCGCAGAGCUCAUACUACGGCGGUAGUGGAGGAAGCGAUAUGGGUUUCGGAGGAGGCGGGGGAAGCCAGCUUAGCACUCGUGUCAGGAGCAAGAGCGUUGCUGAGCCGAGGCAGUACACGAGGGAUGGCAGGAUGAUUUUGCAUUAUUCACGAGCUAUGUACAUGUACACAGCUCAGAUCCCCGAAGAACUUACUUUCUCUAAGGGGGACAUCCUCGCUAUUCUGCGACUGCAAGAUGACGGUUGGUGGGAGGCGGAAGUUGUGGGCAAGGAUGGGCGGCGUGGCUUGGUGCCUUCUAACUACCUUCAGAACUGUUGAGUGACGGCCUGCAUAUUUUGUUGUCGUCGCAAUUUGCGACUUGGUAACGGGCUUACGAGCAUUUUGAUCGAAUUUUGAACACCCACUUCUUCCGUUCUGGGCUAUACGCAUUUGCGGUGUUUGCGGGAGGCGUUAGGGGGCUUUUUGAUGCUGGGAUGUUGCAUUCUUUACUCUACGGAGCACUCGCUUUCUCUGAUGCGAAUGAGGAGACGGCGUGUAUGUAGUAUAGGAAGAAUGGGGAGUUGUAGAUUUGAUUCUCGGGCUUUUGUUGUUUUACAUUGUGAUCCCGGUCCCAGAAGC